CGGACGCGGACGGCGAGCGGCCGGGGACAGCGCGGCCCCAGGAUGGCCUCCACCACCACCUGCACCCGCUUCACGGACGAGUACCAGCUCUUCGAGGAGCUCGGAAAGGGGGCUUUCUCGGUGGUGAGAAGAUGUAUGAAAAUCCCUACUGGUCAAGAAUUUGCUGCCAAAAUCAUCAACACCAAGAAGCUGUCUGCCAGGGAUCACCAGAAACUGGAAAGGGAAGCUAGGAUCUGCCGUCUUCUGAAGCACCCCAACAUCGUGCGGCUCCAUGACAGCAUAUCGGAGGAGGGCUUCCACUACCUGGUGUUCGACCUAGUCACGGGAGGCGAACUGUUCGAAGACAUUGUGGCGAGAGAGUACUACAGCGAGGCCGACGCCAGCCACUGCAUCCAGCAGAUCCUGGAGAGCGUGAGCCACUGCCACCUCAACGGCAUCGUGCACAGGGACCUGAAGCCGGAGAACUUGCUCCUAGCCAGCAAGUCCAAGGGCGCGGCCGUGAAGCUGGCGGACUUCGGCCUCGCCAUCGAAGUUCAAGGAGACCAGCAGGCCUGGUUCGGUUUCGCUGGCACGCCUGGGUACCUGUCUCCCGAGGUGCUGCGCAAGGACCCCUACGGGAAGCCCGUGGACAUGUGGGCCUGUGGCGUUGUCCUCUACAUCCUGCUGGUGGGGUACCCCCCGUUCUGGGACGAGGACCAGCACAGACUCUACCAGCAGAUCAAGGCCGGAGCUUACGAUUUCCCAUCACCAGAGUGGGACACGGUGACCCCUGAAGCCAAAGACCUCAUCAACAAGAUGCUGACCAUCAACCCCGCCAAGCGCAUCUCGGCCGCCGAGGCGCUGAAGCACCCGUGGAUCUGCCAACGCUCCACGGUGGCCUCCAUGAUGCACAGGCAGGAGACGGUGGACUGCCUGAAGAAGUUCAACGCCCGCAGGAAGCUCAAGGGCGCCAUCCUGACCACCAUGCUGGCCACCAGGAACUUUUCAGCUGCCAAGAGUUUGCUGAAGAAACCUGACGGAGUGAAGAUAAACAGCAGAGCCAACGUGGUAACUAGCCCCAAAGAGAACGCCCCCGCCCCGGCGCUGGAGCCCCAAACUACUGUCAUCCACAACCCUGACGGAAACAAGGAGUCCACAGAGAGCUCCAACACGACGAUCGAGGACGAGGACGUGAAAGCUCGGAAGCAGGAGAUCAUCAAAGUCACUGAGCAGCUGAUCGAAGCCAUCAACAAUGGCGACUUUGAGGCAUACACAAAGAUCUGCGACCCGGGCCUCACCGCGUUUGAGCCCGAAGCUCUGGGCAAUUUGGUGGAGGGGAUGGACUUCCACCGGUUCUACUUCGAAAAUGCUCUGUCCAAAAGCAACAAGCCGAUCCACACCAUCAUCCUGAACCCGCACGUGCACCUGGUGGGCGAGGACGCGGCCUGCAUCGCCUACGUGCGGCUCACCCAGUACACGGACGGCAGCGGCGCCCCCAAGACCAUGCAGUCGGAGGAGACGCGCGUGUGGCACCGCCGGGACGGCAAGUGGCAGAACGUGCACUUCCACCGCUCGGGGUCGCCCACCGUGCCCGUCAACUAAACGCCCGGGGCCGCGGCUGCACUGGCCUCCAGGCACCUGGCGGGGACCUGCCCGUGCCCGAGGCCACCUCACAUCACCCGUCCGUACUGACGCUCGCCGUGGGGCGCACAGUGGGGAGGCCGCCCCCAGCCACGUCCUCCAGUGCCGCCUACUCGUUCCUGUUUAUGCCAAGAUUCAGCGGACUCCCCUUGCUGUCCUCCAGGACGGUCUUCAAGAGAUGUGUACAUUUUAAAAACUCUUUGCUGUUCAUCUGUUUUGGCUUAUUUAACAAAAAGGGCAAACAACACGUUCCGUGUUCCUGGUGUGAUCCUGGUGGAGGUGGAUCUUACCCGAAGGCGUUGCAGUUGGGCACCAAGGGCCGCGGUCGGCGUGGGGGCAGAGCGGCAAGUCGGCGUUUCGGUCAAACGUGAACCAUCUUCUCCCGGCUUCCGAGCUGACCCCCGAGGCUCUGCCGGCUCCGCUCCGGGAACGUGCUGGACUGAACCUUUAGUCUCAGAUCUGCUGUUUGCUUCCUUGACCCCAUUUCUUUCUUUUCCGUCUCCCCUUCACUGUUUUCGUUCCGCCCAGUAGUGUGUGAGGAGAGGGACCCGCAGACGACAUGCAGUGACCACCCAGCCCCUCAGAGUCCGACCAUCUCCAGGCCCACACACACGGUCAGGGCUCCGGCCAGGACGCGGGGGCCUUGCUGUGGGCACAGGGCGGCGAGGCCGUGUCCUGGGACCAGGUCCGUGCAGAAGCCACGGCGCAGGUGUGGGUCACGGCUGCUGCUCUGAACCUGAGAGGCCGUGGCCGCGUCCAGCUUCCCUUGGUCAGAGCAGUGCCGCGCCCUGCGCAGCGAGGGGUCUCCGUGCGCAGAGACCAGGCCGGUGCCGGUGUUCUGAGGUCUCGCCCUGCCGACGCCCGAAGUGCAUGUCCCUCCGCGUGGCCCCAGCGGGCCGCCGUCCCCACAGCCCGAGCUUAGCCAGGAGCAGAGCAAGCGCACAGCCCUGUCCUCCCACCGCCUCCCGUGCUCACGGCUCCCUAGACGCCGCAGCGGACGUCCCGUAGGCGGGCUGCAGCUUUCUGACCAUCACUCCACGGCCCAAACCAUGCGCACAUGUAGACGGAACGCACACCGUGCAUGCGUCCGCCAUGCACCUGCCAGCGGGCCCUGCCGCGCCCGCCCCGGUCCUCUUGUGAAACGGCUGUGCACAGCCCGUGUGUAUUUUAAAAUAGGUGUAAAGUGGUUUUUUACACUUUUAACUCCGCAUGUGGUGUUGCAGUGUCCCGUCGCGCAGUCUGUCCGCGCCCUCGAGGGGGCGGCGCUCGCCAGGGCCCCGUCCACCCGCCGCCCGCCGCCCGCAGUGGCGGU